CUUCCUGCUUAUUCUAUCAGUAAUUUCUGCUCCUAAAACAUCGUCGAUUUCGUCGUGUCAAGAUCUCGCCGGCCGGCGACGUAGGUAGUUUACCCUGUGGCGACGAACAGCGCUCCGACGGGAUCAUCUUGGGACCGGGAAGAAAUUUAGGUCCGUGUUCAUCGCUUAUUUUUUGGGGCCCGAUAUGUCGAUCCGAUGCUGGAAGCUUAGAUCGAUAUCCGUAUGUAGGCUCGGUGAAGAAUUUCGUUUGUUGGCCUUUGUAUUUGUUUUCUAAGGGUUUUUAUAGAUCUCUGUCCUUUGUCUCGGAUUUGCGAGUACGUUACGGAUUCGGAGAUGCAGUACAGAUCCGGGCAAUCGUCCUACCGGGAUCGCACGCAGGAGUUUCUCAUCACAGCGGACAGGUUGAAAAAGUCGCUGUCUUCUGGGCCAAAUGCGCAGAGCAGCAAUGCUGCGUCUAAGUUUGAGGGGCCGAAGACGGCGGUCUCAAUUCAGUCGGAAUUUAACAAGAGGGCUUCAAGAAUUGGGCUUGGGAUUCACCAGACUUCUCAAAAGCUUGCGAAACUUGCAAAAUUGGCAAAGAGAACAUCAGUUUUUGAUGACCCGACUGUCGAAAUACAAGAACUAACGUCAAUCAUUAAGGAGGAUAUCACCGCUCUAAACUCCUCAGUGGUGGACCUGCAACUUUUAUGUAAUUCACAAAAUGAAUCUGGAAAUAUUUCCAGUGAUACAACUACCCAUUCUACCACUGUUGUUGACAACUUGAAGAACCGCUUGAUGAGCACCACAAAGGAGUUUAAGGAAGUUCUAACUAUGCGGACAGAGAACUUGAAGAUUCAUGAAAAUAGGCGACAAAUAUUCUCUUCUUCUACUUCGAAGGAUUCUACAAAUCCUUUUGUUCGGCAAAGACCACUGAUUUCGAGGACCACAUCAGACUCAGCCGCACCACCGGCACCAUGGGCAAAGGACUCGGCUUCUUCUUCCCAGUUGUUUCCCGGAAAGAUGGUAAAUGGUGAUCCAUCAUCAUCAACUCAGCCUUUGCUGCAUCAACAGCAGCUGCAUAUGGUUCCUGUACAGGACAGCUACAUGACCAGCAGAGCCGAAGCCCUCCAAAACGUUGAAUCUACCAUUCAUGAGCUAAGCAACAUCUUCACUCAGUUGGCCACCAUGGUUUCUCAGCAAGGAGAGCUUGCUAUCAGGAUUGAUGAGAAUAUGGACGACACAUUAGCGAACGUUGAAGGCGCGCAGGGCCAACUGCUCAAGUACCUCAACAGCAUUUCCUCUAACAGGUGGCUAAUGAUGAAGAUAUUCUUUGUACUCAUAGUUUUUCUCAUGAUCUUCGUAUUCUUUGUGGCAUGAUUCCGUGCUUAGGUUCCUUAUUCUGGCCCUUCAUUUGCUAUUUGCAGAUUAUAUGUAAUUUUAUCUUCCUUGGAAUUGUUGGUAUGUUCCUUCUUCAAUGUUGUUUAUGUUGCUUUUUCAUACAUAGGUUUUGUAUAUAGUUUCAUGAG